UGGGGCGGGUCUUGGGUCGGCGCGAGGCUCGUGGGGCCGGUGCGGGCGCGGUGCCGGAGCGGAGCGAUGGGGCCGGGCCGGACGCUGGGGCUGGGGCUGCUGCUGGGGGUCCUCGGCGGGGCGGCGAGCGAGCUCCAUUCCCUGCGCUAUUUUGAUAUCGGGGUGUCAGAGCCCAGCCCGGGGGUGCCUGAGUUCAUGUUCGUGGGGUACGUGGACGGGACCCUCAUUUCACGCUACGACAGUGAGACGAGAAGGGCGGUGCCUGGGGCGGACUGGAUGAGGGACAACCUGGAUCAGCAGUACUGGGACGGGCAGACCCAGAGUGGACAGAGCAAUCAGCAGGUUAACCGUGUGGGCCUGGACACACUGCGGGACCGCUACAACCAGAGCGGGGGGGCCCACACCUGGCAGCACAUGGUUGGCUGUGACCUCCUGGAGGAUGGUGGCACCAGGGGGUAUUUGCAGAUCGCCUAUGACGGGAGGGACUUCAUCGCCUUUGACAUGGACACGAUGACGUUCACUGCGGCGGACGCAGGAGCUCAAAUCACCAAGAGGAAGUGGGAGGCGGACGGGACUGAAGCUGAGAGAUGGAAGCACUACCUGCAGAACACCUGCGUCGAGUGGCUGAGGAAAUACGUGAGCUACGGGCAGGCCGUGCUGGAGAGGAAAGAGCGCCCCACGGUCCGAGUGUCGGGGCAGGAGACCCCCGGGAUCCUGACCUUGCACUGCCGCGCUUACGGCUUCUACCCGCGGCCCAUCACCGUCAGCUGGCUGAAGGACGGCGAGGUCAGGGACCACGAGACCGAGCGGGGCAGCAUCGCGCCCAACAGCGACGGCACCUACUACACCUGGGCCUCCAUCACGGCCCACCCGGAGGAGAAGGACAAGUACCGGUGCCGCGUGGAGCACGCCAGCCUGCCCGAGCCCGGUCUUUUUGCGUGGGAGUCGGAGUCCAACCUGUUGGCCAUCGUGUUGGGCGUGAUUGUUGCCAUCCUGGCUGUCAUCGCCAUCAUCGCUGGAGUCGUCAUUUUGAAGCAGAGAUUAGGGAAGAAGGGCUACGGCAUGGCGUCAAGCACGGACAGGGGUGCUGGCAGCUCGGCCCAAGUGAUGAACGCCUAACCGCUCCACAAGGGACUGGGGGGCUGGAUGCGGCCCCCUGCCCUCUCACCGGCUGGACACAGAGGUGCUGGAGGCAGCUGGGAGCUGCCCGCAGAGAGCUGGUCACGCUGCGCCUGCCACACUGGGGGCUCUUCUGGCUGGGUGAACUGCCUUCUUUACAAUACUUUUAAAAUCCUGGUGCCUGGGCUGCUCUGGCAGCCUCGGGUCGAGGGCUGAGCUGAUUUUAUGUGGGAUAGAGCCAGGACAGCUGACCCCGACUGACCAAAGGGAUAUUCCAUACUGUAUGGUGUCUGCUCAGCAAUAACACCCGAGAGCAAGGAGGAGGAACAGGGAACAUUUGUUAUUUAUGACGUUUGUCUUCUGGAGCAACCCCUAUGUGUACUGAAGCCCUGCUUCCCAAGAAGUGGCUGGACAUCGCCUGCUGAUGGGAAACAGAGAAUAGAUCUUUUGGUUUUCCUCUGCUGCUGCAUGCAGCUUUUGAUUUUGCUGUAUUAAACAGCCUUUAUCUUGACCCACGA